ACAACCUUGCCACUGCUGCAAGCACUGAGGACUGCCAUAAAGUGAAGAAAUUAGCUCAAUUUCUAUUUCUACAGACAAAGAAUUGCUGCUCUGAUCUGAACACUCCAAAUGCAGAAAUGAUUUGGCAACUAGCAUCUUAUUGGUCACCCCUGAUUUUUGGUCUGCUUCUGCAGCCACCAGUCACACAGCUUUCCAUCAUCACACGGCCAAACAUUGUUCUAUUGAUGGCUGAUGACCUCGGCAUAGGGGAUGUAGGUUGCUAUGGGAAUGAUACUAUCAGGACCCCGAACAUUGAUCGCCUGGCAACAGAAGGAGUGAAGCUUACUCAACACAUUGCUGCAGCUUCGCUUUGCACUCCGAGCAGAGCAGCUUUCCUCACUGGCAGAUACCCCAUUAGAUCAGGGAUGGCAUCCAGCAACAGGUACCGAGCGCUGCAGUGGAACGCUGGGUCAGGAGGGCUCCCUGCUAAUGAGACAACAUUUGCCAGGCUGCUGCAGCAACAAGGCUAUACCACUGGACUGAUAGGAAAGUGGCAUCAAGGUGUAAACUGUGAAUCCUUCAAUGAUCACUGUCACCAUCCUCUCAAUCAUGGGUUUGACUACUUUUAUGGAAUGCCUUUAACGCUUCGAAACAACUGUCAAAAAAAUAAACCUCCAGACCUGGAUGCAGCCCUGCAAGCUAAGCUUUGGCUUUACAGUCAGAUAAUUACCCUUGCUGUGCUCACUCUUACUGCUGGAAAACUGAUUGGUUUGAUUUCCAUCCGCUGGAAGACAAUUGCCUGUGUUACGUUGGUGGGCAGCCUUUUCUUCAUUUCUUGGUACUCCAGUUAUGGCUUUGUGCAGUAUUGGAACUGUAUCCUGAUGAGGAACCACGAUGUCACUGAGCAGCCAAUGAGGUUAGAGAGGACUGCUUUCCUCAUGCUGAAGGAGGCAAUAUCAUUUAUCAAAAGAAACAGGCAAGGACCAUUCCUACUCUUUGUUUCCUUUUUACAUGUUCACACCCCCCUCUUUACUACGGCAAAAUUUCUUGGGAAGAGCUGUCAUGGUUUAUAUGGAGACAAUGUAGAAGAAAUGGACUGGAUGGUGGGAAAAAUUCUGGAUUUGCUUGACGAAGAAGGUUUGAAAAAUCAUACAUUCACAUACUUUGCCUCUGAUCACGGAGGACACUUGGAGGCUCAGAAUGGGUCUGCCCAGCUAGGUGGCUGGAAUGGUAUUUAUAAAGGCGGAAAAGGCAUGGGAGGCUGGGAAGGAGGGAUCCGUGUGCCAGGAAUAUUUAGGUGGCCAGGAGUACUACCUGCAGGCACAGUUAUUGAUGAACCUACAAGUCUUAUGGAUAUUUAUCCCACAGUAGUUCAUCUGGCUGGAGGAAUAUUGCCGCACGACAGGGUGAUUGAUGGACAAAACUUGCUGCCUUUACUGCAAGGAAGAGCUCAAAAGUCAGAUCAUGAGUUUCUAUUUCACUAUUGUGGGUCCUACUUGCAUGCAGUGCGGUGGCACCAAAAGGACAGUGGAGCUAUCUGGAAGGCUCAUUUUGUGACUCCAGUCUUUCAUCCACCUGGAGCUGGAGCUUGUUAUGGAAAAAAAAAUUGCCCAUGUUUUGGGGAAGGUGUGACCCAUCACGACCCUCCAUUGCUGUUUGAUCUCUCACGAGACCCUUCUGAAGCCAAACCUCUCUCGGCUGACACUGAGCCCCUCUUUGACACUGUCAUAAGGAAGAUUGGAAGAGCCAUCGAAGAACAUCGCAGGACACUGACUCCAGUCCCAGAGCAGCUCUCUGUGUACAACGUGGUGUGGAAGCCGUGGCUGCAGCCGUGCUGUGGGACAUUCCCAUUCUGCUGGUGUGAUAAGGAAGGAGACAGCACACAAAUUUUGUGAGGUGUGUGUUCUAGCGACAUGUUCUGUGGUACUGAGUCCUCUGCUGACAAAGCUCUCAGAUAAUAAUUGUAUUAUUUCUUUCUCUGGGAAGCAAAGUGGAUGAAAAUAAAGAAAAUAAAAAGCAAUGUCAAUCAGAAGUUUUCCCUUUCAUUCUUUGCCACCGUGAAAGGUUUAAGGAAAUCCUGGUUUUGCAGUCUCACAUGUAAGAGAAAACUGUAGAGGUACAUGCCUAAUCUCUGACUACAGAUUAUGCCUGCUCAAGGAAGACAGUUGGAAAAUGCUGCAGAGACCCUAGUUUACAGUGCUGAGCAGGCAGCAGUAAGAAAUGCUAGGUUCACAUAAAACUCCAGAUGUUUGCAGUUGUGCCUCUGUAGUACACAAAUCAUGGCUGCACUCUAUCCAAACAUAGUAGUUUGAGUUGUUACUGCUUCCUGUACUGCUCUGUUGUCUCUGCAGAAAUAUUGUUGAGAUGCUGAACAACACUUGAGAUGGAGUGAAUCUGAUUUAGCAAGGGAGUGUCCUCAAGUUGUGAA